AUGGCUCAAAGGGAUUAUCUUGGGAACAAGCCUAUUAAACUCACACAAGCACGAAAUUUGGGUGGUGCAUCACGCGUUGCUAAAGGCAAAAACGUCGAAAGAGAACAACCAGCAACUGGUACAACUUCAUUGGUGAAGGAAGGGCAUAGACUCAAACAAAUGGAGAAUUAUGCCUGGAGAAAAGAUCUGGGCCAGAACCUCGGUCUGUUAAAUCUGCAGCCAGAUAACUAUCAAGAGCUGAUCCACGCGGACGUGCUAUCACCGGCGCAUCAAGAGAAGGUUUCUCUACAGGAACCGCAAAAAGUGGAGCUUAUGCCUAUUGAAGAUGAGCAUGUUCGUGACGAGUACGUUGUGCAAAUAUCAGCACGAAGUGAAGAAGUUCUUUUUGGAGAAUCACAGAAAGCGGGACUGGUACAUAUUGAUGACGAGGAGAUACAAGAGUUCAUUAAAGAACUACCACCAGCAGAAUGCGAAGAG